AUGAUGGUGUCGGUGGAGCCUCCGAGCUUCUUCAGCAUUGUCCCCCUGCUGGAGUGUCUGGAGGACAGCGAAGCUGGACGCCCUGAGAAGACUGAUGCUUACCUCACCAUUGCCAACCGGCUCAGUGGAGAGGAAGGUCGUAAGUUUCUUCCUGCCGUCACGAAGCACUUUCCCCGCCUGGGUAAUGCAAUCUUGAGUCAUGUAAGCAGCCCGCACGCUGAAUUGAGCCAAGCUGCCCUACAAGCUUUGGGCUUUUGUGUCUACCAUUCGCAUGUCAUUUCUGGAGGGUCAGAAACCUUAACCACAGAAAUCCUGUCUGCACUUUGUACCGUGGUGUCAAAAUCUGCUGAGAAGAACACUUGCACUCGUGCGUUAUGGGUCAUCGCCAAACAGAACUUCCCCGCUGAUGUAGUGGGGGAAAAGGUGCCGUCUCUACUGAGCAUGCUGGAGAGCGUUUGGAGCAAAGGCGAAGUGCAGUCAGUCGUCAUGGAGCAUGAGGCCUUGAAUGUCAUCAUCAGACUGCUUGAGCAAGUUCCGUCUCAGAUGGGCGAGCAGGCCGUAUGCUGGGCCAAGCUUGUUGUCCCCCUGGUGGUGCACUCGGCCUCCAAGGUUCGCCUAAAAGCAGCGGCUGCCAUGGAGAUGGGCCUGCCCUUGAUGCUGCAAAAACAGAUAGAAGUGGCUGCUUUUGUCGAGCCCUUGUUGUCCACAAAACUGAUUCGAGAGAUGGAGAAGCUUUUCAUGUCCAAGAAUGAAACGAACGUUCUCAAGCUCUGGCCCUUAUUUGUCAAACUUCUUGGGAAGCUACUCCACAGAGGAGGUCCUUUUAUCAACUCGUUACUCCAUUUGGAGGAGCUGGGCUUUCGUAGUUCCUCCCCCAACAUUAAGAAAAUCGCCUUCAUUGCCUGGAAGAGUUUGAUUGACAAUUUUGCUCUCAAUCCAGAGAUCCUUUGCAGUUCAAAGCGUAUGAAGCUUCUCAUGCAGCCCCUCAUGUCAAUAAAUAUCCGGUCAGAGGCAUUGAUGCUCACCAAGGUGGAAGUGUGGUGGUACCUGGUGGUCCAGCUUGGGCCCAACCUGUCAUCCUUCUUUGAUUUGGUAUCAGUCCCGUUGCUACAGUGCACCAUUGGAUCUGAUGUCGCCUUGGCCCCUGCAACCCCUGCCAGAGGUCAAAAUGGUGUUGCAACACCCAGUACACAUAAAACUACAGGCCCGGCGAGCUUCAACAACCUAACACCAAACACGCCACGACUCGGUCUGAACUCCAGCAUGCAGCUCUCCACCUCCUUCCACUCCAUUAAGUUGUUGGGCCUGGAAAUGCUGCUUCACUACUUCCUGGGACCAGAGGUGGUCGCCACGGCGACCAAGAGCAAGAUAGUCCUAGCCCUAGAGCCUUUGAGACACCCCCUGCUUAAUGCUGCGUCUUCCUUCAGCAAACACGCUGCUGUGCUUAUCUCCAGCAUCAAGGAUGGCUUCGUUGUCGUCGGCAAAGAGGCCCCAGAUGCUCUUUUGGCACUUCUAUGGGAUCAUCUUGUACGUUGUGUUUCACUGACGAUUGAGUCUGGAAGUAAGAAGGAACGACACGGCUGUGAGGUUCUAACGAUGACGCUUCAAGCCCUGCAGAACGUCAUCUGCUCAGAAGCGCUUCCUGCAGACAAAGUGCUGAUUCUCUUGGAGAGCACCGUCAGAGGAAUCUCCCCACGCGUCCUAGGCUCUGCCUCCUACCAAGUGGGCAAAAUGGAUGUACUGAAUGGAACACCAGCACUGUUCCUCAUUUUGCUACUCAUCGACAGCAGCAUGCUGGCAAUCUAUGUUGAAGAUGCCAGGUUUUAUCAAUGCCUCCAGACACUGGUGGAAUGCAGCCUGUCAGGCCCAACCUCCCCACUGGCUUUCGCAGAGGCCGUUUUGGGCGCCAUUGGGCGCAGCGCCACCUCUGUGCAAAGCAAGGAACAUCUGUUGAGGAUGUGGAGUGCCGUGGUCGCUCCACUCACAGAAAUAAUCACACAGUCGAAUGAAGUGAACCAAGGGGAUGCCUUGGAGCACAACUUCAACGCCAUGCACUCGGCCUUGAUGUUCCCUGUCACUCACCUACUAGGUGGCUCACCUCAGCAGCAGGGGGCUCAGAAGUCUAUGCUGUCUACUUGGUCCAAACUGUAUAAGGUGUUUGCACGCUGCUCAGCUUUGGUGGUCACCGCAGAGGAGAACGUCUGCUGCGAGGAACUGUGUCUCAAAAUGGUCACCGCGGUGGAUCGUGAUGCCCUCAAGGUUCCCUCCACAUUGUCAGCUAUUACCUGCAUCCUUCAAGUCAUGGUGGAAUGCGUGGACUUCUCUCCCUAUACGCCACAGUUCCAGCAGAAACUAAAGUCUCCUCACACACCAGUAAACUGGAGCAGGAAGAGAAGCAAGGCCCUCGGGAAUUUGUCCACCUUUCAGUCCCUACUGAUCCAGUGUCUGGAUGUUUACCUGGCAGAGGAGGACGUUCCCUCAGAGACCACAGGCGUGGCACUGUUCUCAGUCUUGUCUACACUCUUCACUAACCUGUUGCUUGCGAACGCUAUAAAGGAGGCUCUGACCUCCCUCAUUUCACCUCUUGUUGGCCUUUACAAGCAAGCAGCUUGCGAGCCGCCCAGAUUUACAACAGCAAUUCUUACUAAGAUGGAGAAGCUUCUGGGUGAAGUCUUCGGCUCCUUUCAGAGCUGCACCACGUUGGCCAGUGACAAUGACCUACUGGCUCUGCUUUCGCCAUUGCUGUGUGUUUUGUUCCCACACAAGAACAAGCAGCACCGCACUGCUGUCACACAGUUCUGGAAUUCCACCUUCGCUAAAGCAGUCGGUCUUAUCUACCCCGAUGAACUCCGACCAGUCCUGAGCCAGGUGAAGCAAAAGAUUCCCAUCAUUCUUCCUGGGUUUGAAACAGUCAGUAGUGCUGAUGAGCUCAGUGGGCAGUAUUCUAGUGAGGGAUCCCAGUUGGAAACCAAACUCAGUGGCAUACCAAUUGCCUCUACUGGGAAGAGGGACUCUCACCCAACUGAGCAGAAUGAACGGAGCUACUCAGGGACCCCCAAACUGGUCUCUACAAAACUGGACUUUGGCUCACCCAAGGUCCCACGCCAGAAAGUACUGGAUGAGGAAGCAUCUGUUGACUUUGUUUUCAUUCCACCUGAAACAAAGGAAAGAGUUUUAACAGAACACCAGAAGGAAGUUAAAAGGACUAAAAGGGUUGACAUACCUGCUAUGUACAACAAUCUGGAUGCGUCUUUGGAUUCUACAGUUUUCACACAGUACACACAAAGCCAAGAAGAGCCUCUGAGCAAAUUACCACCUGAAGAAGCCGACAAAGUUACUGGAGAGGCUCCAACAGAGAUUCCUCAGGAUACUUUGUCAAAUGAAGUGGCUGACAUAUGCACACAGAAGACUCCAGACCUUCCAAGCCCUAAAGUCCUGGAAAAUGAAUCAAGGAAGGAGGAACAGGAAAUGAUACCAGAAUCAACUGAUAUUUCUGUGGAGGAAGAGGCCAGAACCAAUGGCAGGGGAGAAAAUAUGGAUACGCAAAAUGAAAACGUCAGUCCGAACAUAUCAAACUCUUCAGAUUUAAUCUCUGGAACACCUCAGAAGUCCAGUGGUGGCAGCCGCCGUCAAUCCUUUAUCACGCUGGAGAAAUAUACUGAGGGAAAACCUGUAAGCCCCAGUAAUGUGUUCACAGGUCCCGUUGUUAAGACCUCCAGUAGGCAAGACUCCACUCCUCCCUCUCCAGAGGCUUCUCAAAAACCCACUGAUGAAAAUGUUCAGCUCUCAUCUCAGGCACUGUCAAAGUGUUCAGUAAGUGAUCUCCAAGAGUCACCGCAAAGGCCCAAAAUGGACCGUGAGAGAAACGCUCAACCUGUUAAGCUGACUGAAAGGCUUACGAGAACUGAAACGGAAGAUAAUGAUGUCAUUCCAGACACUCAGACUGAAGAUGUAUUCAUGGAGAAUACCCCAACAACUUCAACGACAGAGGAGGUAAGAAGCUCAGAUUUAGACAGAGAUUCUCCAGCUUGGCAGAAACGGUGCAAAAAAGCAAAACUAGCCCCAGAAGAACGUCCAGUGGAUUCAAGCACACCACUGAAUAGACCAAAUACCAGGAGCAAGGUGGCAAGUGAAGAAGACAUGCGUAGAAUACGGCUUAGGUCGCACGGUGACCGUAGUCAUUCAAGUCAAGAUAAGUCACCUGUUCAAUCACAUAGAAAGGUCAGGCUUUUCAAUAGUUCAAAGGAUUUUCUCAGUGAACCUGAAAACAAAAGGAAAAACACAAAAUCUCAAGAGUCCAGUCAAACGGACAUGUCUGAAUCUGAAAGUCAGCCAAAGAAAAAGGGCGGCCGACCUCGUAAAGUCUUGUCAGAAACUGAUGAUCAUACGAAGCCUAAGAAAACACUCAGUUCAACAGACUUUAAAUCCGGCAGCCAGUCUGAUUCUGAAAGCCAGUCACAGCAACUGCAAUCAGUCACUGGUUCUAAUUUAGACAGCCAGCCACGGCGAAAACCAGGUCGACCUCAGAGAUCCCAAUUGAUGUCUAAAAGGUCCUCUCAAGCUGGCAUAUGUCAUGACGCUCAAGUUGAUUCUAAAGGCAACUCACAGAACGAUUGCAGCCAGGUUUCCAAUAAGUUACAGGACCCCAAUGCUGGGGAUCUUAAGAAACCUGAGUCAAUGUCUGAGAAAAUCUGCAGUCAAACUGAUAUCAUUCCAUUAGACACUCGAGCUGACUUAGAAAGCCACUCACAGGAAAACCAUGAGCAAUCUUCUAAAUCAAUAGAGUCCAAAAACGAGCAUGCUCAGAGCCCUGAGAACAUUUUCAAACAAACGGACACUCAAGCUGACUGUAAGUCACCAGGACAAGAUGACCUGUCUGCCAAAUCCUUAUUAGAACCUAAGGAAGAGGAUCUUAUGAAUCCAGCAAUAAUAUCUGGGAAGGCAUCUGGACAAAUUCUCUUGAAGCCAGAGGUUCUGUUUGAUAGUGACAGUCAGACACACAGGAGUAGUAGCGGGAUUUCCAAAACCUUAUCAGAAUCUGAGGAGGGUCUUGAGCCAGAAUCUAUGUCCAGUCAAACAGACUCUCAAUCGGACACCAAAACUGAUACCGAAAGCCAUACACAACGGAAGCGUGGGAGGCAUUCAAAAUUAUUGAGUGAGGUCUUGGAGGUAAAUAAUUCCCAGGCACAAGGUUGUGAAAUGGCCUUAAACUCUUCUGAAACUGAUAGGCAGUCACAAGAAAUUGAACUUGUAGAAAAGGCGAAAGACUCCCAGAUAAUUGCUCUUUUAACUGGUGACCUUAUCCAAGAAAGAAUCAGUAUGCCAGACUUCAUAAUUGGCGAUCAGGUUGAGGUAGACAAAGAUGAGCCAGAAGCUGAACUCACACCCACAUCUGCUGAUAGUCCCUAUCUGGAACCUGGUAAACGAAAUAAGGCAUUUUCAGAGACCGCGCAGGAGAGUGAACCAAAAGCUUUGUUCAGAAACCAGAGUAUGUCUCAUUCUCAAGAGAACAGUCAAGCAGAUGAUAGAGGUCGAACAAGAAGGAGCAAAGUAAACAAACAUCAGUCAAACAAUAGUUCUACGUCCACUCCAGAAAGUUCCCAGUCUUUGGAUGUUACAGGAUCUACAGAGUCAUCUCAAGGCAGGAGAUCAAAACGAAGAUCUUCCAAAGCGUUGACAGCCAGUACGGAAUCAUUAGAAUCAGAAAUCGUAGAAACCAGAGAAAAACAUUCCCUGCCUACAAAGAGAUUAAAAGCCCAAGGGAUGUCACCAAGUCCUCUCACUGAAAGGUUUUCCAACAUAGACUGUAUUGCUGCAAAGAACAAUUCUGAGGGUCCAGAAAUACUGGAAUCUGCUGAAGUACAAAAGCAUCCCACAGAUUUAACAGUCCCUGAAGCACCAGAGCCUUUUCAAAAAACAGGGGAGCCUGAAACUCCUAAAAAACAAAUGUCUCUCAGCUCGUCACCUAGCAAGAAACAAAGUGAGCAACAAAUCUCUCAAACCAAAGCAAAUUCUGCUUCUGCUUCACAAGAGCGUGACAGCAGGGAAUUGGAUUCAUCUGAAAAGUCGGAAUCAGAAGUGCCCUUGACUAAUCAGACUCAGAAGGACCAGUCUUCUGAGGCAUUUGCUUCCAACACACAGACUCCUCCUAAGGAGGCAAAAGAGAAUCUGCAGGACCCAGAGUCUACACUGCAGAAGCCCACACCUGUGGUAGUUGGUCCUAAAACUGAGUGUACUAACGUCUGCAAAGAUGACACGGUUGUCCCAGUGGAGGAUACACAGUGUUCUGCUCUUGCACAAAAACAAGAAGAGUGUUCAAGUGUAGGAGAUGAGCUUUCAAAGGCUCCAGAAACUUCAAUCACCAAUAUUCCGGAGAAAUCACACCAGGUAUUAGAAGAACUAAUACCUCUUCAUGACGGAGUAGAAGAUGAGAACAUAUCAAUCAGGGAGUUCAAGGAUGGAGAGAGAACUCCGAUGUUAAAUGUGCAAAACAAUUCUGAAGCUUCUCAAAGUGAUGUUUGCAUUAAUGAGACGACAAAGAGUGAUAUCUCCCAGGAUUCACCAGCAAAGUUUAAUGACAUGGAGGCUGCGUUGAUGUCAGACAUGGUUCAAAGCCCAUGUAGUAACAUGACCAAAGUCACCUGGUCGCCUUCAGCUUCUCCCUCAACUAGCAUCCUCAAAAAAGCCCAGAAGAGACCUCUGGAAGAGGAGACACCCUCACCUGUUGUCAAGUCCAGACGAGUGUCUUUUGCCAAUCCCAUUCAACACCAGGAGACGGCUGAUGACAUUGAUCGCCGAAGUCCUGCUCUCAGAACCAGCUCCCCAAGAAGAGCCAAAGUUAGCAACCUCCCCAAGCCCAAAUUUGUCACUACGCCAACAAAGGGUGUGCUGACCAUCAGUCCCAGAAAUCUUCACAGUCCAAAUUUCAGGAGUUCCAAAAAAUGCCUGAUGACAGAAAUGAGUCAGGAGCCUCACCCCGUUUCGAAAGACUGCAUCUACCCUGCCCUGGUCGGAUGCAACGCACCCGUCGAAGACAUCCUGCCUCAAAUAUCAUCCAGUAUUUUGUCCCGUGGGUUUGGCCAGCUCGUGCGAGCACGUAACAUUAAAACCAUUGGCGAUCUCAGUGCUCUGACUCCUCAGGAAAUUAAGACUCUCCCCAUCUACCCGCCAAAAAUCUCUAAUGUCAAGAAAGCCCUCAAGACCUACGAGCAACAACGUAAAGGCAGAGGUGUAGAUGAGCUGAAGAGUUUCGUGGAGAUGGAGAUGAUGACUUCCGAGCUGGAAGAGCCGAGCGUAUCGCUAAACCAGGAUGAAGACGAGAAGCCCGGCGGCAUGUUAGCUACAGAGAUGACUGAGGAGCCCGCGCCUACCCAGCUUGAGGAAGAACGGCCCGAGGCGACGCCUGACUCGAGCGUGUCCCAAGCUCCUGAGGAUACACCGGGGGAUCCCGAGGGUCUGAUGGGCCGAUUAGACGACCUGGAUAAGGCCGUGACUCCGCCCCUUCUGAGCCUCUGCUCACCUCAUCAGCUCUUCGACAUCCACGAACGAGUGAGGCUUCUGAUGAGUCGGGUCAUGACUGAGAUGCAGAACCGCUUCGCCCCUGUCGACACUUGCCCAUGCCAGGUCCUGUGCUGCAUUUCUGCACACUUCCAAGUCAAGGAGCUUGGGAAGAGAAAGCCUCAAGAAGUGGACUGCAACACGAGGGCCAAGCGGGUGUUAUGGGUGCAGGGGGAGCAGUUGGAAAAAGAGGGCCGACGGGCGGUGAUGGUGGCCUCUGGGGAGAGCAAGGACACAUGGGACUGCAGGGACCCCGAGGGAUUGAAGGGAUCAAUUGGACCUGCAGGAUUGUUGGGUCACCCUGGAUCGGUGGGACCGCCUGGUUUGACUGGAGAGCCUGGACUUCCUGGACAAGUCUACCUUUUACCAGGUCUGACUGGGGAACAAGGAAGUCGAGGUCCCGCAGUCACUUGUAGCUGUUCAAGGGACCGAAACCCUCAAAGACUGCCGGAACGGGUCCAGACGAUUUUUAUAGCCGAUGGAGAAAGAAUGAUGAAGGAACUGCAAGGAGAGAAUGUGAUGGUUCUUCGCACAGACAAGCAAGCUCUCUACAUCUACAGCGAAGCACAGUGGAUCGAUGUACUGGUAAUUUGA